AUUAUUUUUCAACAUGCAAGCCCAAGUGACUCUGUUCAUACAUUGGGAAGCUGUGUAAUCCGUGUAAAUCUUAGUUAUUAAGAAAUAAUAAUAUUUCUAUAAAAAACGAAAAAUAUUAAUAUCACGACUGGCAUUUCGCCAGCCGUUUCCGGUGURUUGGGCUUCCUGUGUCAACCAAACAUAASUAAAAUGGCGUCAAUGUGUUUGGUGUUGGUAGCCUUAGUAGUAAUUCAGCUAGGGUUUGGUGCUUAUGGAGUAGUCGUUGCCAAGUUUGCUGUGAAGAGCAAAGCUGAUCCAUUAAUAUUUAGCAUGAUCCGAGACGCCGGAGCGUUUCCCGUCAUCCUUCUCGCUGGUUUUAUUUCUGAGCGUCGUCUGGACGUCCCAAAACUACGYGAGCUUCCAAUGUUUGCCAUCCUUGGUUUUGUUGGGAUGUUUGGUAAUCAGCUGCCAUACAUUCUUGGGAUAUAUUAUACCAGUGCCAACAUUGCAUCAAUCUUCCAACCUUCUAUCCCUGUGUGGACAGCCAUUUUAGCAGUUAUCACUAGAAUGGAGCCACUGCCACCAAUMAACAAGGCUCAUGGAUGGGCUAAAAUCCUUGGCAUUCUAUURGCUACUACAGGGGCUGUAACAAUGGUYUUAGACAAAGUCAAGUCAGAGAAAGGGGAAAUGAAGUCAAGUUAUGGUCUUGGGUACUUGUUUUUGAUUAUCAACACACUGUGUACAGCCAUUUAUAUGUUACUUCAAAAGAAAUUGAUUUUCAACAAGGUUGAUAGUCCAUGGAAACAGAAACCAAUUACCUUGACAGCAUGGAGCUAUCUCUUUGGUACAAUAUUCAUGGCAUUAUCCUCACUGUAUUAUGUAUUUACUAACCAGUUUGAAAAGUUCACAUACUUCCCCCAAGAGGAAAUAUAUCCAAUCAUCUACGCAAUCUUUGUUGCUUCAUCUCUUUGUUAUAUGUUGAUCACAUGGUGCAAUAUGCAAAUUUCAGCAACUGUUGUAACAGCAACCUGGCCAUUACAGGUUCUGUUUUGUGCAGUGUUAUCAUAUGUUAUUCUUGAUGAAGUGCUGACAACCUUAGAGUACAUAGGAGCAUUGCUGAUAAUAUCUGGACUGUUUGCAGUCAUUUGGUCAAGUUAUGUUCUAGAGAAAGAGAUUGAAACACAGUCAAAAGAAAGCUAUGGCUAUGUUAGAGUUUCAGAUGGUGAUGGUUUUAUCCCUGAAACUGAACCAAAAACUCAAAAAAUAAACUGAUAUCAAAAUGUAAUGUAUCCAUGAAAUAAUUCCUCACUAUAGAUUUAUAGCAGCUAAUGGUCUUUAGUUAUAAUGCAGGMAACUGGCAAAAUCCAGAGAUUCUAUAAUGUUGAGUCAGCUACUUUUUCCAAAUAAUGUUUGUAAUGCUUUUUGAUCCUUAGAAGUUAUAUACAAUUACAUUUUCAAAACAGCCACCUACUUCCCAAUCAGAUGAAGUUCAUGAUCAAGGAGGAUUUUAUACACCUUUAAAACAUUUUUGAUAUAUAACACAUGCUCUGAUUGGCUGACGACCGUGUUUAUAUCAGAGGAUAG